AAUCAUAUAUUACAUCUAUUUCGCAACACCAGAGUGGAAGCUCCUGUUGAUCUUGAUAUGACUUUGCUUCCAUCGCCAGCAGCUUCCGAUCAGUUGAUCGUAGAAUCCGUGCAGGGAUCCGCCUCAGGGUCCACAGCCUCCAACUUUCGAACAUCACCACUUCACACCGGCAACAUCAACCGCCCAGCUUUGUCCAAUUUGACAAGAUCCGACGUUCACACCUCUAUUACGCAUCUCCGCGUCCUCCAUCUCCAAUGUCUCUCCUCCGCCCCACCACCUGCCUCCGCUGCGAUCUCCGCCUCCUGUCCCUCCCAUCCAUCUCCAGCCGCCGAUCUCCCCAGCGAACACCCCGUCGUCGCACCUAUGCAACGCUUCAUAACACCUCUCCAGAGAUCUUUGACGUCGUCUGCGUCGGCGGCGGCCCCGCAGGAUUGAGCCUGGUCACCGCACUGAAAGCGUCGCCCGCUACCGCACGCUUGAAAAUCGCCCUGGUGGAAGGACAACCGGCGCAGGAAUGGACGCCGGAGCCGAGUAGAUAUGAGAACCGCUGCGUGUCGUUGACGCCGCGGAGCGUGGGAUUUCUGGGUGAUAUUGGCGCGUGGGAGCAUGUCGACAAGUCACGCAUCCAACCCUAUACCCGCAUGGAUGUCUGGGACGGCGUCUCCGACGCCCACAUCUCCUUCUCCGAUCCCCCACCCACCUCCCCCUCCACCAUCGCCACAAUGCUCGAAAACGCAAACAUCACCACCGCUCUCCACCGCCGCCUCUCCACCCUCUCCCCCCCCACCCUCUUUCAACCCGCCAAAGUCGCCUCCAUCUCCCUCGGGCCCCCGCCCUCCCCCGACCCCACCUCCCUUGACCUCUCCUCCUGGCCCCACCUCACCCUCAACACUGGCCCCACCCUCGCCGCCCGCCUCCUUGUCGGUGCUGACGGCGCCAACAGCCCCGUCCGCACGUUCGCUGGCAUCGAGUCCCGCGGCUGGGACUACGGCGCGCAUGGGGUGGUGGCGACGCUGCAGCUCGCGGACACCCCAGAUCCGCCAGAGACGCGGACCGCAUAUCAGCGGUUCCUACCGACCGGGCCGAUUGCGCUGCUGCCGCUGCCGGGGAACAGGGCGACGCUGGUGUGGUCGACGAAACCGGAGUUAGCCAAACGGUUGAAGCGGAUGAGCGGCGAGGAUUUGGUGGCGGCGGUGAACGCGGCAUUUCGGUUGUCAGUGGCGGAUUCGUAUGUGGGGGAGAGGAUUGCGUUGAUGGGCGAUGCUGCCCACGUCACCCAUCCCCUCGCAGGUCAAGGCCUCAACCAAGGCCAGAUUGAUGCGCAAGCUCUCGCGAAGAUCAUCGAGGAUGCGGUGCUCCAUGGCGAGGAUAUCGGCGCGCUCAUGACCCUCGAGCGGUACAAUGCUGAAAGGUAUGCGGCGAACAACGCCAUGUUAGGCGUCGUGGAUAAGCUGCAUAAGCUAUACAAUGUUGGAUCGGGGCCGAUUGUUGGCUUGAGGUCACUAGGAUUGAGCGUCGUCGAUAAGGUUGGGCCGUUGAAGCGGUUCCUCAUGAAGCAGGCGGCUGGGGUUUGAGGUUGUUUUCGCUAUCUUUGGGAAUAGAAAGUUGCCCAGAUGGUGCCAUUACUUCCAAAGAGUAUGAAGCCCUGUUUUUUAGCAUUCUGUGUAUAUAUAUUUUACAUUUAUCGCGGUCGGAGCUACAGUAGAUCCCGAUAUAUCUCCCCUGACUCAAUGUAAUACCACCCUAUGUAUGACAUGGCAUUUCCAUAUGACACUGUGGGCAUUAUCUCGCGUUAGCUAGGUGCUUAUAUCGAGCACUUGAAUAUUACCCUCUAGAGCCA